CGGGGCCUUGCCAAGCCCCGCCCCUAGCGUCACGGCCGCGGACCCCGGGCGGAGCCGGCUCCCGGCGGAAGCGCGCGGCGCGCGGGGAGGCCCGAAUUGAGCGGCGGCGGCUGGAGACCGCUGGGGACAGACAGGAUGGGCAGCAGCUCGCUGUCCGAGGACUACCGCCUGUGCCUGGAGCGCGAGCUGCGACGGGGCCGCGCGGGCGUGUGCGGGGACCCCUCGCUGCGCGCGGUGCUCUGGCAGAUCCUGGUGGAGGACUUCGACCUGCACGGGGCGCUGCAGGACGACGCGCUGGCGCUGUUCACCGACGGGCUGUGGGGCCGCGCCGACCUGGCGCCCGCGCUACGCGGCCUGGCCCGCGCCUUCGAGCUGCUGGAACUCGCCGCAGUGCACCUGUACCUGCUGCCCUGGAGGAAGGAGUUCACCACCAUCAAGACAUUCUCCGGGGGCUACGUGCACGUGCUGAAGGGUGUGCUCUCAGAUGACCUCCUCCUGAAGAGCUUCCAGAAGAUGGGCUACGUGCGCAGGGACAGCCACCGGCUCAUGGUGACCGCCCUGCCCCCCGCCUGCCAGCUGGUGCAGGUGGCCCUGGGCUGCUUCGCUCUCCGGCUGGAGUGUGAAAUCCUGGGCGAGGUGCUGGCCCAGCUGGGCACCAGUGUACUACCAGCUGAGGAGCUGCUGCAGGCACGGCGUGCCAGCGGGGACGUGGCCUCCUGUGUGGCCUGGCUGCAGCAGCGGCUGGCCCAGGAUGAGGAGCCUCCACCCCUGCCCCCCCGAGGCUCCCCUGCUGCUUACAGGGCCCCACUGGACUUGUAUCGGGACCUGCAGGAGGACGAGGGGUCGGAGGACGCCAGCCUGUAUGAGGAGCCGUCACCAGGCCCUGACUCACCCUCGGCGGAGGUGGCCUACAGGCCACCACUGUGGGAGCAGAGUGCCAAACUAUGGGGCACUGGGGGCCGGACCUGGGAGCCCCCAGCUGAGGAGCUGCCGCAGGCCAGCAGCCCACCCUAUGGGGCCUUGGAGGAGGGGCUAGAACCAGAACCCUCCGCCUUCUCCUUCCUCUCUCUGCACCGUGAGCUGAGUAGGCCUGGCGACCUGGCCACCCCUGAAAGCUCUGCAGGGGCCAGCCCGAGGCGUAUUCGGGCAGAGGGGGUACCAGCCUCAGCCUACAGGUCUGUCUCUGAGCCCCCAGGCUACCAGGCACACAGCUGCCUGUCCCCUGGCGCCCUGCCCACCCUCUGCUGUGACACCUGUCGCCAGCUGCAUGCUGCCCACUGUGCAGCCCUGCCUGCCUGCCGCCCGGGCCACUCGCUGCGUGUGCUGCUUGGCGACGCCCAGCGGCGCUUGUGGCUGCAGCGUGCACAGAUGGACACUCUGCUCUACAGCAGUCCUGGAGCCCGGCCCUAGGCCAGCGGGGCCCCAGGUCAAGGGCUCUUGGGAGACAGCUCCCGUGGUGCUUUUCUCUUUGCUGGCGAGGGGACUGGGCCUCUGGUUGCCUUGUCCCUGGGGGAGCUCUGAGCACAGCAGGGGGUGGAAGAGUCCAGGCCAACCCCUGCUGGCGGUGGGACUCUGUACAUGGAAAGCUCCGAGGGCAGCAGGCCUAAGCUGGCCAGCAGGAGCCUUUCCACAUUUCCCCGCCCUCGGAACCCAGACGCAUGCCCACAUGUGCUGGGUAGGGGGAUCCAGCCUGUUCCAGCCAGUGCCUGAACCUGUCUCUGAGAAGGACACUGUGCCUGGGGCCCACUCCCUGCAGGAUAGGGCUCAGGACUUGGUCCUCCACACGUCCCAGGGAUUCUCCACACGGGUGUCCUCAAGGGCCUGUUGGUGACACCGAGGUCCCCCCGCCAAGCUCUGCUGGGGCCGAUCUGGGGGGCUCUGCCGGGUGCAUGGCCGACCUGGCUUCAGGGACCCCAGCCCUCCCCUUGGGUGGCUCAGCAGCUGGGCCCACAGAAAGGAAAGGACCUGACCUCAAACCAGAUGUGGAGGUGCCCGAGAGCCGCAGGAACGGGCAGCAGACAGCUGGGAAGGCCUGAGCGUCCCUGCUGCUGGGCGGAGGGGCUGUAGGCAGGACACCCAGGCGGCUGGGUCUUGGUCAGUCCAGUGGUAACGAUGCCCCUCCCCUCCCCUUGGGUGCAGCCCACAGGCUAGAGAGGAGAUGGCUCUGCCCUAACCUCGGGUCUGGAGAGGGAGGGGGCAGGGUGCAUCCACUGAAGCUGAGCCUGCUCUCCCCACCCUCCUCCCCACCCUUUCCUCCGCAGCACACUCAGAGGGAUGGUCAGCAUCAGAGCACAUUAAACGCUGGUGAAACCA